UACAACAGAAGCUAGUUAGCGUUAGCUGUUUACAAGUCCAAACUUUUGCCCCGAGACAGAAACCUAAAGCACGGCCUGAGUUCACCCGAAGAUGAAUGUAAUAGAUCAUGUGCGGGACAUGGCGGCCGCUGGCCUCCACUCCAAUGUCCGGAUACUGAGCAGUUUGUUGCUGACGAUGAGUAAUAACAAUCCGGAGGUGUUCUCUCCGGCCCAGAAGUAUCAGCUGUUGGUUUAUCACGCUGAUUCCAUCUUCCAUGAUAAGGAAUAUCGUAAUGCUGCCUGCAAAUACAGUAUGGCCCUGCAGCAGAAGAAGGUGCUCAGCAAAACCUCUAAAGUCCGCACUUCUACCGGUGGAGCAGCAGCUAACCUGCAGGCACAGAGUUUGCCGUCAGAAAUUGAGGUGAAGUACAAGAUAGCUGAAUGUUACACCAUCUUGAAACUGGACAAAGAUGCUAUUGCAGUGCUUGACGGAAUUCCAUCCAGACAGAGGACCCCAAAGAUCAACAUGAUGUUGGCUAACCUGUAUAGGAAAGCUGGCCAGGAGCGUUCUGCUGUGACAAGCUACAAAGAGGUUCUGAGACAAUGUCCACUCGCCCUGGAUGGAAUCAUAGGUCUUCUCUCUCUGUCGGUCAAAGGAGCUGAAGUUGCGUCCUUGACUAUGGAUGUGAUCCAGAGUAUCCCCAACCUGGACUGGCUCUCUGUUUGGAUUAAAGCUUAUGCCUUCAUACACUCAGGGGACAAUCAAAGAGCCAUCAACACCAUUUGCUCUCUGGAGAAGAAGUCUCUCCUGCGGGACAACGUGGACCUCCUGGUGAGCCUGGCAGAUGUCUACUUUAGGGCAGGGGACACCAAAAAUGCAAUCCUCAAAUUCGAACAAGCUCAGAUGCUGGACCCGUACCUCAUCAAAGGAAUGGAUGUUUAUGGCUACCUGAUGGCACGUGAGGGACACCUGGAGGAUGUCGAGGUGCUGGGAGGACGAUUAUUUAAUAUUUCAGACCAGCAUGCUGAACCGUGGGUGAUCUCUGGUUGUCACAGCUUUUACAGCAAGCGGUACUCCAGAGCCCUCUACCUGGGAGCCAAGGCCAUUCAGCUGAACAGCAACAGUGUCCAGGCUCUCCUCCUGAAGGGGGCAGCACUGAGAAACAUGGGCCGUGUUCAAGAAGCCAUCAUCCAUUUUAGAGAGGCCAUGCGUUUGGCACCAUGCCGACUGGACUGCUAUGAAGGCUUGAUUGACUGUUACUUGGCAUCCAAUGGGAUUCGAGAGGCGAUGGGAAUGGCUAAUAACAUCUAUAAGACUCUUGGUGCCAAUGCGCAGACUCUGACCAUCCUCGCCACAGUGUGCCUGGAAGAUCCUGUGACUCAGGAGAAAGCCAAAACCCUGCUCGACAAAGCACUGGCCCAGAGGCCCGACUACACCAAGGCUGUGGUCAAAAAGGCGGAACUGCUGAGUCGGGAACAAAAAUAUGAAGAGGGGAUCGCUCUCCUCCGGAAUGCCCUGGCCAAUCAGAGUGAUUGUGUCCUUCACAGAAUGCUGGGAGAUUUUCUUUUAGCCGUUAAUGAUUACCAAGAAGCCAUGGAUCAGUACAGCAUAGCACUAAGCCUGGAUCCCAAUGACCAGAAGUCUUUAGAAGGCAUGCAGAAGAUGGAGAAAGAGGAGAGUCCAGCAGACGCCACGGUGGAGCUGGACGGUGACGACAUGGAGGGCAGCGGAGAGGACGGAGACCUAGAGGGCAGUGACAGUGAAGCAGCCCAGUGGGCUGAUCAGGAACAGUGGUUUGGAAUGCAGUGACCCCGGAGCACUGAGGCAUGCUGGGUCAGUACCACCUUCUAACAUGCUGCAGCCUUUGGAGAGCCCUCAGCAAUCAGGGGCGUCAAACAGAACAGAGGGGUGGGGGUCGUACUGCUUUGCACUCCUCACACGACCACAGAGGGAUUAACACCAAGUGACUGAUGUUGCCAACUUUAGAGACGAUGAAACAUUGACUCAUGUCCAUGUUUGCAGUGCAGCUACAGGAAGCACUUAAGUGCUCUUUAUGGAAAUGUACCUUAUUGCAGAACUCCAGCCAUUUUUUAACCUGAUGUUGUUUUUCCAUCUUAACGACAGUUUUACUAGUGGAGUUGAUCAAGGCUUGUUUCAGGACAGUCCUACAGCACCAGCAGACACAGGGUAUAUCCACACUACUGCCUUUUCAUUUGAAAAUGCAUUACCUUUGCUAGAGAUACACCUGGUGUUAGCACUACUCCAGAACUUUAGAACUGUUAAAUCGGAUUUGGAAACGUUGCCGUGUAGAACACAACAUGGAUCAUCAGUUACAAGUGUUGCUGACCCUGUUGUCUCUACAAUGAUGCAGCUGUUUACAUGUUUAGGAGACGAGCUGAUGUUCCAGCAAUCUGCAAAUAACAACUACAUGCUUCCUGUGUACACUGGCACGAGCAAGACUUCCUGUUUACACUGGCAUGCACAUGCCCAGUGUCCCCAUGUGAUGAGCGUUUUCAGGCUUGUUGGCAUGGACGGGGUUAAAAACUGGUAUGGAGCCAAACGCUUGUGUUGAAAGAGUCGUUUUAGUUUGAAAAUACUGUUUUCUAACAAAAACAUAGUAGUAUGGAUGUAGUCUCAGCAUAGAACAAUAUGUGUCAUUAAAAAAACUGAUGCUACUCUUCUUCAACUUGUUUUUGUUUCAUCUUUGCUGCCUGGAAACAGUAUCACUGUUCAAGGUAAUGCAACUUAAGUAUCAGUGGUUAAAAAAAACAAAACCUGCCUUGGGUUCUUUUGAGCCUGGGAUCUGCAGAGGAUUCUGGGAAAUCACCAACCCUGAAGCAAGUGGUAGAAUCAAGUAAUGUGAUUAGGGCAAAAAUGGCUGGAGUUAUUCAUGAUGUUUAACAGGAGGAACUGUUGCAAGAUUUUUUAUUUGUGUGUUUCUUGAGCCUCACAGACUGACGUGUGCCACAUAUCUCUAUCAUAGUAAAGGUUGUGUGUCGGUACUAUGUCAACGUCAAACACGUGUGUGUUAAAGUGACAAUGUACCGUUCUCCUGCUGCCCUUUAUAAAUCGCAUCAUUUUUAUUCUGUCACAUUUAAGGUUGUGUAAUGUAAUAUCUGUACUUUGUGUUUUUUGUCUGCCUUUCUGUAUCAAAAGAACUCUGAUACUCAUUCUUAAGUUGCAAAGUGUAAACCAUUUCAAUUGAAUGUUUAUAGUAUUUUGUACAUAUUUUUAAAAUGUAUAAUAAAAUUAUUGAACUCA